CUGAACAGGAUGGCAGCGGAUGACCGGCACCUGGGUUCCAGCUGCGGCUCCUUCAUCAAGACCGAGCCGUCCAGCCCGUCCUCGGGCAUCGAUGCCCUCAGCCACCACAGCCCUAGCGGCUCAUCCGACGCCAGUGGAGGCUUUGGGCUGGCCCUGGGCACCCAUGCCAAUGGUCUGGACUCACCGCCCAUGUUUGCGGGCGCUGGGCUGGGAGGCACCCCGUGCCUCAAGAGCUACGAGGACUGUGCCGGCAGCAUCAUGGAGGACUCCGCCAUCAAGUGCGAGUACAUGCUCAACGCCAUCCCCAAGCGCCUGUGCCUCGUGUGCGGGGACAUUGCCUCUGGCUACCACUAUGGCGUGGCCUCCUGUGAGGCCUGCAAGGCCUUCUUCAAGAGGACCAUCCAAGGGAACAUCGAAUACAGCUGCCCGGCCACCAACGAAUGCGAGAUCACCAAGCGGAGACGCAAGUCCUGCCAGGCCUGUCGCUUCAUGAAAUGCCUCAAAGUGGGGAUGCUGAAGGAAGGUGUGCGCCUCGACCGAGUGCGUGGAGGUCGCCAGAAAUACAAGCGUAGGCUGGACUCGGAGAGCAGCCCUUAUCUGAGCUUGCAGAUUUCUCCACCCGCUAAAAAGCCAUUGGCCAAGAUUGUCUCCUAUCUACUGGUGGCUGAGCCAGACAAGCUCUACGCCAUGCCUCCUCCCGGCAUGCCCGAGGGGGACAUCAAAGCCCUGACCACUCUCUGUGACCUGGCAGACCGGGAGCUCGUGGUCAUCAUUGGCUGGGCCAAGCACAUCCCAGACACACCCAAGAUGCUCUCACGGCACACUGGUUGA